AUGUAUUGUGGUCAUGUUCGUCAGCCAACUAUUAUUUUGGAAGCAGUGGCUUCAUAUAAACUUUGGAUAUGGCACUCUUUUUUCGGAUUACCUGGGUCCAAUAAUGAUAUUAACGUGUUGGAGCGGUCUCAUUUAUUUUCUGAGCUUGCACAAGGACGUGCUCCUGCAGUUAAUUACUCAGUUAAUGGUCAUGAUUACACAAUAAGAUACUAUCUUACUGAUGGUAUAUAUCCAAAAUGGUCAACAUUUGUGAAGACAAUCUCAUCUCCACUAGGAGAUAAAAGAAAAUUAUUUGCAAAAACUCAGGAGGCAUAUAGGAAGGAUGUAGAGCGUGCAUUUGGAGUGCUUCAAGCGCGAUUUGCAAUUGUACGUGGAUCUGCACGGUUUUUCUAUCAAGAAACAUUACAUGACAUUAUGAAAGCAUGCAUAAUUCUUCAUAACAUGAUUAUUGAAGAUGAGCGUGAUGAAGCUGAACCAGUGGACUUCGAUUAUGAACAAAUUGAUGAGAUUUUAUGUACACCAAUGUCAAGUGAGCGGACAAAUGAAUUUUCGGAGUUCAUUCAAGUUCAUCAACGCAUUAUGGAUAAAGAAGUUCAUUCUCAACUUGAAAAGAAUCUCGUUGAUCAUUUAUGGCAAUUACAAGGAGAGUUGUGA